CCGCAGGCCCCGCGGAGCGGCCUGCAGCCGGUUCCCGGCUAGGCGAGGCCGGGACAGCGGUGCUGAGGGGCCCGGCCGGGCUCAGGGCGGCAGCCCCGGGCCUUAGCGCUGCCUUCCCCGCGGCGCCGGGCGUGUCCGAGCCCGGAACUGCCGUUGCGGGGCCGCGGGGCCGCGGCGGGCCCGGCUGGGCGGACCGGCGGCAGCGCUGCAGCCGCGCUUCCCGCGCGGGGCACGGGAGGGCGGCGGCGCCAUCGGCCUCCGCGGCCCGGGCCGGCCCGCCGGGCCCGCCAUGCAGCGCUUCACCGUCAACAUCAAGCUGCCGGCGCGGACGCUGACGGGCGCCCUCAGCGCACCCAACAAGGGAGCGGCGGACUGGGGCUGGCAAGGUUUGAUUGCAUAUGGAUGCCACUCUCUUGUGCUGGUAGUUGAUGCCAAUACUGCUCAGACCUUACAGGUUUUGGAAAGACACAAAGCUAGUGUUGUCAAGGUUAAAUGGGCAAAAGAAAAUUACCAUCACAAUAUUGGCUCUCCAUAUUCUUUACGUUUAGCUUCUGCUGAUGUUACUGGAAAAAUAAUUGUAUGGGAUGUGGCAACAGGAGCAGCUCGUUGUGAAAUACAAGAACAUGCAAAACCAAUUCAAGACAUGCAGUGGUUGUGGAAUCAAGAUGCUUCUAGAGAUUUACUACUUGCAGUUCAUCCUCCUAACUACAUUGUACUGUGGAAUGCAGACACAGGCACCAAACUCUGGAAGAAAAGUUAUGCUGAAAACAUCCUGUCUUUUUCAUUUGAUCCCUUUGAUCCCUCACACUUAGCUUUGCUCACCAGUGAAGGGAUAGUGUUCAUCUCUGACUUCUCUCCUACCAAAGCUCCUGCCAGCUCAGGGAAGAAAGUUUACAUCACUAGUCCCCAUUCCAGUCCUUCUCACAACAAGCUGGCUGCUGCUACGGGGGCCAAAAAAGCCCUUGAUAAAGUAAAAAUCUUAAUCAGUAAUGAAAAACCAAGUGCUGAAUCUGUAACACUCAACGACUGCCUCCAGUUGUCAUAUUUGCCUUCCAAAAGAAACUACAUGCUCUUACUGUAUCCCAGAGAAAUUCUGAUUCUUGACUUGGAAGUGAAUCAGACAGUGGGUGUGAUUGCAAUUGAAAGAACAGGUGUGCCUUUCAUACAGGUCAUUCCUUGUUUUCAGCGUGAUGGGUUAUUUUGCCUACAUGAAAAUGGUUGUAUAACUUUAAGGGUCCGUAGAUCUAACUGCAGUUUAACUGCAACUCCCAAUGAAGAGCCAGAUCCAGACCCAGUUCAGGAGCUGAUUUAUGAUUUAAGAAGUCAGUGUGAUGCAAUCAGGGUAACAAAAACAGUUCGACCCUUCAGUAUGGUGUGUUGCCCAGUGAAUGAGAAUUCUGCAGCUCUCAUAGUCAGUGAUGGCAGGGUAAUGAUCUGGGAAUUAAAAUCCAGUAUUUCUGGCAGAAAUGUGCGUAACAGCAGUUCAAGUGCAUCACCUUUGUAUUCCCCAAUCUCAUUCUGUGGAAUUCCCGUAGGAGCAUUCCAAAAUAAACUUCCAGACCUUUCUUUAGAUAACAUGAUUGCAGGGCAAGGCACAAUUGCUGGAGAAGAACAGUUAAGAAGCUCUUUUCUACAAGAAGUGCACCUCAAAUUUCUGCUGACUGGGCUUCUUUCAGGACUUCCUUUGCCUCCUUUUGCUAUCCGCAUGUGCCCGCCUCUUACAACAAAAAACAUCAAACAAUAUGAGCCAAUUCUUGCUGUUGGUACAAGUAAUGGCUCUGUCCUGGUGUUUCAUCUUACAAGUGGACUCUUACACAAAGAGUUAAGCAUCCAUUCCUGUGAAGUCAAGGGAAUUGAGUGGGUAAGCUUGACUGGGUUUAUUUCCUUUGCCACAUCAACACCAAACAACCUGGGGCUAGUAAGGAAUGAGCUGCAGCUGGUGGACCUACCAACAGGCAGGAGCAUUGCAUUUCGUGGGGAGCGAGGCAACGAUGAGCCAGCUAUUGAAAUGAUAAAGGUGUCUCAUUUGAAGCAAUAUCUAGCUGUAGUAUUUAAAGACAAACCACUGGAGAUCUGGGAUGUCAGAACAUGCACUUUGCUCAGAGAGAUGUCUAAAAACUUCCCUACAGCGACCGCUUUGGAAUGGUCACCUUCUCAUAACUUAAAAAGCCUGAGGAAGAAGCAGUUAGCAGCCCGUGAGGCCAUGGCCCGACAGACGGUUGCAUCAGAUACUGAAGUCAGCAGCGUAGAAUCUUCUGUUAUCAGCUUGUUACAGGAAGCUGAGAGCAAAUCGGAGCUGAGCCAAAACAUUUCUGCCAGAGAGCACUUUGUGUUUACAAGUGCUGAUGGGCAAGUUUAUCAUCUCACAGUAGAAGGAAACACAGUAAAAGACAGUGCAAGAAUUCCUCCUGAUGGAAGUAUGGGUAGCAUUACAUGUAUUGCCUGGAAAGGGGAUAUCCUGGUUCUUGGAGACGUUGAUGGAAACUUAAACUUCUGGGAUUUGAAAGCAAGAGUAUCCAGGGGGAUUCCUACACAUAGAAGCUGGGUGAAAAAGAUACGUUUUGCCCCAGGGAAAGGUAAUCAAAAACUUCUUGCAAUGUACAACGAUGGAGCAGAAAUUUGGGAUUCAAAAGAGGUGCAGAUGGUGAGCAGCUUAAGAAGCGGGAGAAACGUCAAUUUCCGAAUCCUGGAUGUGGACUGGUGCACCUCAGACAAGGUGGUCCUGGCAUCAGAUGAUGGGUGCAUUAGAGUUCUCGACUUGUCCAUGAAACUGUCGUGUUUCAGAAUGGAUGAGCAGGACUUAAUAGAACCUGCAUGGUGUCCCUAUCUGCUUGUUCCAAGGGCUUCAUUAGCUUUAAAAGCCUUCUUGUUGCAUCAGCCAUGGAAUGAGAAGUAUUCUCUAGAUAUUACAAACAUUGAUUAUCCAGAGAAUGAAAAUAUUAAAAACCUUCUUCAAGAGCAGUUGAAUUCAUUGUCCAAUGACAUAAAGAAACUCUUCCUUGAUCCGGAUUUUACCCUCUUGCAAAGAUGUCUUCUAGUUGCCAGACUGUACGGGGAUGAAUCUGAGCUGCAUUUCUGGACUAUUGCUGCCCACUAUUUGCACACCUUAUCCCAGGAAAAGCCAGCAAAACCAGCAGGCACAACUGUCCUUCCAGAACAGUUGGUUAAUCCCUUGGAUAUAUGCUAUGACAUACUGUGUGAAAAUUCUUUCUUCCAGAAAUUCCAACUUGAAAGGGUAAAUCUCCAGGAGGUGAAGAGAUCAACGUAUGAUCACACCAGGAAAUGUGCUGAUCAGCUUCUUCUCUUGGGCCAGACUGACAGAGCAGUACAACUGUUGUUAGAAACAAGUUCAGACAAUGCCCAUUAUUACUGUGAUUCACUCAAAGCUUGUUUGGUCACAACUGUCACCUCCUCAGGUCCAUCUCAAAGUACCAUUAAAUUGGUAGCAACCAACAUGAUAGCCAAUGGAAAACUGGCAGAGGGCGUGCAGUUGCUGUGUCUGAUCGAUAAGGCUGCCGAUGCCUGUCGCUACUUACAAACUUACGGCGAGUGGAAUCGUGCAGCGUGGCUUGCAAAGGUCCGUUUGAACUCUGAGGAGUGUGCGGAUGUGUUAAAGCGCUGGGUGGAUCAUCUUUGCUCUCCACAAGUCAACCUGAAGUCCAAAGCCAUUCUUGUCCUCCUGUCACUUGGAUGCUUUACAAAAGUUGCAGAGAUGUUGCACAGCAUGAGGUACUUUGAUAGAGCAGCUUUAUUUGUUGAAGCUUGUCUGAAGUACGGUGCAUUUGAAGUGAAUGAUGAUACGAAUAUCCUUUUCCUGAAGUCCUGGUUUUGCAUCUGUGUACUCAUGUACAGUUAAAUGAACUAGUCUGUACAGGAACAGGAGUUCCUAUUUUUAUUUUCCAGGUUGUGUAGUUUGAAGGAACUGAAGCAAGUGGAAAGGAGUCAUUGGCAUAAAUCCAUAAUGUUGGCUCCUCCUGAUGCUCUGUGAGGCCAGUGGAACUGGAAAACAAACUAAAAGUGACAAAAAUAAGUAUGGGAGAAAAAAGAAAGAUGAUAAGAUGGUCUUUACAAAACUUAGAAAUUAUUACUGUAAACUAAUGAAAUCAGUGGCUCGGUUAUUUUUUAAACACUGUCUCAGGAAAAAAAUCCUGUGCACUGACCCCCUCUCUAUGCUGACAUACUCUCAGUGAUUGAAGUCCUUUGUAAAGGAGUCAGUUCUGAGACAGUGAAAACAAAGAAAGUUAAAGGUCAAGAUCAGAUGAGCUGAAAAGGUAGUAGGUAUUUUAAAAGGUGUCUAAAGUAUUGCUCGCUGCAGUCUGCAACAGUUGUUCUAAUGUUUGUAUUUAAAUAUAUGCAAGAAAUAAUAAUAUGUAAAUAGUUCCUGAUGGUGCUUUGUAGAGUCAUCACUGAUACCAGCUUUUAAACAGAAAAAACUUACUAGUAAGUCAUGUAGGUAACUCCAGAUCUAACUACUGAACAAAUCUUGUAGUAUGACCUCACAGUUUCUUGAUUUCUUUUCUAAGUUGUGACAUGGUAUGAUGGGAGGUACUUAUGCCUGUCUGAAGUGUAUCUGGUGUGGUUUAUAGCUAGUUUAGUUUAUAGCUCCUGGCUCAAACCAGGACAAUAGCACUCUGCAUAUUGCCUGACAAAUGCUUGUAUGAAUUCAAUAGUAGAAUUUAAAGCAUCUUUUUUGUCUUUAUUUGUGCUGAAAAAUAUUGUAUUAGCACUUUUGGCAGGAAUGCUUCGUAUUUUCUGCUUGGGAGAGCUAAAAAGUGAAGAGAAAGGAAAGAUUCCAAGUUUUCUCAUUUUGCUAUUUAUUUGUAUUUUCCUUAAUGUAUCAUUUACAUAAAUUGAUCCAUGCUGUAUAUGCAGAUUAUGCCAGAAGCUUGAAGGUCCUGGGCUUUAAACAGGGAGCUAUUCUGUUUGCCACAAAAGCAGGAGAAGCUGGUACAGAGUUACUGAUGGAGCUCAAACAGCCUAAAGAGCAAGUGACCCAAGAGUAAGGACUUGGUGAGAAGAUUUGGUUUGUCUGUCAGACUGAGAUUCCACUGGGUGAAAAGAAUCCUUGCUCUUGAAUCCCUGUAAUCACUGGUAUGUGUGAUUUGAGAAAAUACUGUUAAAUGUGUGUGGAGGCAAGACUAAGAACUGGUUUAUUUUUAUGUUAAAAUUGUCUUCAUCUUCAUAAGAAUGUUUCCAGCUUCUUUCAACUGUAGCAGAAGUCAAAUUAAAAGAUGUGCUGAAGGAGUUCUGUACCUGUGUAAAAGUCUACUCCAUUUAUUUCCAAAAAUCAAAUCUUUAUAGUUCCUGGCUACGGUUGUAUUUAUAUGUAUAAACGAUUCAAUCUGUACUAUAAAAAUAUAAAUAUAUUUAAAGAAUAAAUAUAGAUCACAAAACAGUUCUUUUCUGGAACAUUUUGUUUUCUCAAUCCAGUUUUUCUGUUUGAAGUGACUGUUAUUUUAAAUCAAUUCACUGUAUUGUCAUUUUCAUAACUGUCUGGGAUGGAAGUUUUAACAGAGAUACUUACAAGAGCCUUCUAACAUUCCAAGAAAUAUAUGGAAUGUCCUUUUUUUCAAUUAAGGUAUAGUAAUGUUCCUUGUUAAGUGUGCACUCUUUGCAAACCUAAGGGACUAAAUUCUGCCUUUUGUUGAUUGGUUCAUGGGAUCAAAGGUUGGGAGAAGAUCCUACCUCAAAAGCAGCAAGGUAGGCUCCUGCAGAGUGUUCAGGGAACUGCUAAUUCCGUCUCCAAAGUUACUGUUUGCUUUGCUAAUGGAUGUGUGAUUAACAAUAGGUAGAAAAUAUAUUGUGCAAAGCCAGAAUGUUGGCUUUUUAUUAGAUACUUUUUGUGCUAACACAUCUUAUGGUCCAGAUACUUCAGGAUGCCACCAGUAACAUCUUUUCUCCUUUUCGUGCCAGUAUUUCAGUAUUUAAGAGCUUGUUUUCACUCUUGUUUCUUAUGUCAGACAUAUCUUUUCUAUUUAUUGAUGUGUUGAUUGAUAGAGAAAUUUUACAGCUCAGGAGUAGAUGCUGAUGUUAAAUUGCCCUUGCAAACUGAAGAAUGUGGCAUGUGACAAUGAGGCUUGGCUAAAAAAGAAGAAAAUAAUUUUUACUGAGUUGUUGGAGCUUCUGAAGUUCAGUGUUCAGUAGUGAAAAUAAUCAUAUCAUGUAAAACGUCCCUCAUUUAAUGGCUUGUCUACUUCAGGUAAUGGUGCAUUGGAUUCUCUUUAUGUUUGGGCAUUUGCAGGUACAUAAUUUACACUCCUUAGUUAGAGGAGCACCAGCUUUAGGAUCUCUCUUCAGCUCCCUGAAUGUUUUAAUUCAAACCUAAAAUAGCAUUUCUGAUAAAAUUGGAAAGGUUGGGCUUUUCAAUAAUGAUUUUUUAAAUACAAAUUGAAAGAGUGAAUUUUGUUGCUCUAAAUAGGAAGGUAAAUGCUUUAACUGCAGUGAUCUUUCUUCUUGCCACAUCUUGCAAGCACUGUAAAAGACUUUCUGUUCAAUAUCUUACAAAUAACCCUUAUAUAGUUACUUUAGUAUGGGAAAAUAAGUAUACAGUGAAAUUUGCCUUAACCUUUAGCUGGUCAGCAACAGAGCUGAGCAAAAUUUAACUGUUGUUAAUGGUGGGCUAAGUUCUGGCUCACAAUGACUGCUACAACACUCUUCAAUUCCUGCUCUUGAUGUUGGUAGCAGAGUUAAUAUAAGCACACACAAACUUGUUCUUUCACACAUCAUGUAGAAUUGUUUGUCAGUGGGUCUCUGGAAAAAAAAAAAAUCUGCUUUAAUAUACACUUGGAUUUAUAAAUCUAAUGUUUUUAAAAGACACAUUGCAAAGGCCUUUUAAUACUGAAUGUUUAUAUAUGCUUUCAAGUGUGAAGGUUGCAGCAUACUGUGUGGCAUUCCCUGUUGAAACCUUUAUGACUGAAGUGAGAGUGUAAAACUGGUUGAAAAGUUUAUUUAGAUAAUAAUGCGUUCACACUACAACAAUAAAACCAAACUUUUAAAAGUC